ACUCAACUCGCCGAAUUCGUGUGAAUUUGGACAGAAUUCACCAGUCCAUCCAGGCCGCGGCUUCACGCACGGAGACGGCGGCGACUGAGAAAGGAAGAAGCACGUGAGCGGCCUGCUAAGGGUUGCCAAAUACCAUUAAAUGCAUCUUUUACGCCCACUGUGAUUGGUUACGAGUGGCCCAUCGGUCUCCUGAUCCGGAAGAAGAAAGAAACAGAAGAAAAGUGGUGAGAGCAGAGGUAAAAUAAACAGCAAUAACUCAUCGCGUUUAUAGUUAAUCACUUUCUGGCAGCAUCCAUUUUGAGGUAUGGAAUAUGGCAGCAACUGAAGCACAGUCUAUGUUAAGCGUUGGAUUGAUUGAAAAAGAUGUGAACGGGGACACUCUUUGGGUGUGGUGCUAUCCCGCGGUAUGCUCAGAACUUCGACAAGUCCUGCUCAGCAAGUGCUGCCUGACACAGAACAAGGAAGAUUUUCACACGUUUGUGUUUGGCCAGUUUUGUCGUACUUGGUAUUACAUUAGCACACUGGAGGUACAGGAGCCUACAGCUCUAAACAAGGUUACUCAUUUGUCAGUUGUAAUUACAGCAAGAGACUUCAACCCCGAGAAAUAUGCUGCACUCAAUCGAAUACUGUGCAGGAUGUACAUCAAAUUUGGUAGUCCAGUGAAAAUGAUGGAGGUGUACAUCGCUGUCCUCACCAAAGGUAUUUGCCAGAGUGAAGAGAAUGGCUCAUUUUUAAUCAAGGACUACAAUGUUCAGAAGGCGUUCCUGGCAGGAUCAAUCAAAGAUGUGGCAUCUCAGUUUGGCAUGGAGACCAUUAUCCUGUACAUGGCUGUCAUGCUGAAAAAACGGAUUGCUGUCCAUCACCCUCGAAUUGAAGCCUUGUUAGAAUUCACAAGAGUGCUUCCUGCUCUAGCGUGGCACAGGAAAGAUUGGUCUGUCCUGCAUCCAUGUGUGCACCUGACUGAUACUGAACUGGAGCAUCUCAGUAAAUGCCCAGGUUAUAUAGCAGGAUUUGUCGAUCCAGAGGUGAGCAACAGAUCGGACCUGUUUGAUGUGUAUGUGAACCUCCCAGACAGCAUCAUCACUGUGUCACAGAGCGCCAAAGAGGCUAUGAUGAUGGGGAAGUUACACAAGGAUAUCGGCCAUCUUAUUGUCCAGUCUGCAGAAGACACAGAGAGGUCAGAUAGUCAAGUCAUUAAGGACAUUUCUUUGAAGACUAAACAGAUUCUUGCUCAUUUGGGGACCAUGGCUGGUGACUGUGAAGGCUCCAAAAUUACUCUGGAACAUUUAAAGCAGCAACAUUUCCCUCCAGCAACGGAAAACUUCCUGUUUCAUCUGGCUGCUGCCGAGCAACUUUUACGGAUAUGAGACAGAUUUUCAGAUGCUGUCCUAAAGGAUGACAGUUCGGGUACGCCUGCCGCUUCAGCAGACUCUUGAUUAUAACAAUAAAAGUAUGCACUUAAUAAAAUAAAAAAUAUCCUUAAUUUGUUCAUGAACAUGAUUAAAAUGUGGUAAACUGACAAAUUUUUCUCUUCUCCUCAAAAGUAAACCUAUGACACUUUACCAUAUUUUAAUCAUGUGCAACUGAUGUACUGUACAUGUUCGAAGUACAUUUAAAGGAGUAUUUCUUUGUGCCAAAUGUGCUGUUGUUUUUUUCCCCAUGAAGUAUGAGUUUAGGAUUGUUUUUAUUUUUUUUUACUGACCUCAGAUUCCCAGACAGAAUGCAAACCAAGAAAUGACCUUGUAUCUACUCGUGUAGCUUUGUGUUUUAUGCCUUACAACACUGUCCUUGUGCCUAAUUGUUACAUGCUGUGCAAGUCAUUCCCAAAGCGAGAAACAUGGUGCAGUAAUCCAGUAAUUCACAACAAAUUACCCAAGUAAUAUUUCCUUUAAAACAAGAUUGUUUUUAUCUACAAUAUAACAUGCUUUUUUUAUGUCUGUCCCAAGCUUGUCAGAAUACUCCAAGGAUCAAGAAUUACAAUACACUUCAGACCCCAUUUUUUUAAAAGCCUGUUCCGAGUGAGUGGUCCUGUUCAUGAAAAUGAGCACCCAAAAACACCGCCCGCUCCACUUUGACCAAGUAAUGCUUUUAUUACCAUGACGACCGUGGACGUGGUUCUCAGGCUUAAUUAACCCAGGAAGCUUAAAGUUGAGAAAGAGGAGCCCAGAGUGUGGGGAGAAAAAAAUGAGCACCCAUAAAGACAUUGAAAAUAUUUUCACCUGUGAAGUUACUACUUGCAUCAAUCAUGUGCCACUUAUCAAAAUCUAACACUAACUCUAAUCUGUGAAGCUAACAAAACUCUGUAUUUUAGUCUGGUAAUGGUUUAA